AUGGGCGUCGACCUCACAAACAUUCCAAUUGAUCGCAACUAUGACAUGCCUUCAGGAGCAACUGGGCUUGCUCCCGGAAAUGCAUCUGCCAUCCUAUCACAAUUCGACCGAAAACGCCGUUUGGCCCAGACUGCAGUCCCUACCGACGAUGGAAAGGUUAGAGCGAGCCUUCGUGAACGUGGCCAGCCUGUCACUCUUUUCGGAGAAGGCCCUGCUGAUCGGAGGGACCGUCUGCGUGAAAUGCUUCUUGAGGAGGCCGAGGGGCUUGAUGGGGCCACUACCGAUGUUCAGAUGCAAGAGGCAGAUGACCAAGCCGAUCAAGAGGAGGAGUUUUAUACCGAAGGACUGCCUGAACUUCUCCAGAUCAGGAGAGAUAUUGCAAAAUACUCCCUCCCGAGGGCAAGGGACAGAACUGCAAGACAGAGAGAAGAUUCCACCAUCCCCCUCCGCACACAUAUCAAGCAUCGCAAAACAAUAAAAGAGAAACUGCAUGGCUUUGAGCUUUUCGGUACUCAAAUUGCAGGGGAACGCCCGGUUAGCAUUACUCGCUUUGCUCCCAAUGGCGAAAUCAUCGCCGCUGGCAACUGGGGUGGUGGCAUUAAGUUGCUGGAUGUGCCAAACUUGAACGAAAAAGCCACGUUGAGAGGUCAUAGUGGAAUUGUUGGUGGUCUCGCUUGGUAUCCUGGCUCAACUUUGCCCUCUUCCACUGUGUCAUCAGAUUCUCUGAACAUCGCUAGUGGUGCUGGUGGCCAAGGUGGCUCAAGUGAAAUUCAUUUCUGGAAUUUGAACAAAGAUACUCCAAUCUCCACGCUUCAAGGCCACACAGAUCGUGUCUGUCGAGUGGAAUUUCAUCCCUCUGGCAAAUACCUGGCCUCGGCAUCCUUUGAUACAACCUGGCGACUGUGGGACGUCGAAACGACCACAGAGCUGCUUCUGCAAGAGGGCCACUCUAGGCAGGUCUUCACAGUGAGUUUCAAUACCGAUGGCUCAUUAUUGGCCAGUGGAGGUUUUGACAGCAUUGGCCGUAUUUGGGAUCUGAGGUCAGGGCGUACAGUCAUGAUUCUAGACGGUCACAUCAAGGAAAUAUACUCCCUUGACUGGGGUAUUGACGGACAUCGCGUACUCUCGGGAUCUGGAGACGGCUUCGCCAAAUGUUGGGAUAUUCGACAAGUACGCGCCGUUGCUUCAAUUGGUGCUCAUCAUGGCAACGUCUCAGACCUAAGAUGGUUCAAAGGAACCGACGCCAAUGUGUCAUCUUUGGUAGAAUCAGAUGGGGUCAGACAAGAACACAGUCCACGGAAGGCGGGGACCUUCUUCGUUUCCAGUGGUUUUGACAAGAAUGUCAACAUCUACUCAGCCGACGACUGGGCACUCGCGAAGCAGUUAAGUGGUCACUCUGGGAACGUCCUCAGCGUCGAUGUCACGAAUGAUGCCAAAUGGAUCGCGAGUAGCGGUCAUGAUAGGACUGUGAAAUUAUGGGGCCGUGAGGAUGGACAGGGCAUUUGA